AUAUAUUUACUGCUGGCAAGUUGCUCCAUUUGAGCGUGCUUGCAAGUCUGCCAAACAAGUAGGCCGCGGUCUGUUUCACAGUCGUACAGGAUCUAUCCAUGCCGGCUUAAGCUGCAGUUAUUAUCCUCCGAACGUGACAACGAAGAGCGACGAUAGCACACCGACCGAGCGCCUGAACCGUUAUCAUCUAUGACUACCGCCUAGCUGGAGCAUCGAUCAUAUCGCGGUCUUUGCGAGACCUUUUCUUAGCGCUUGAGAGGACGGAACGGCCAUGUCUUUUCCAAAUACUCACGGCAGUCCCGCAUACCCUACCUCACGGUCCCCUUCAGAAAAAUACUGGCAGGCCAGUCGCAGCCCGGGAGCCAACGGGCUAGGGGGUUACGGUUUCUCCCAAUCAGCCGGUGUCACGAACAACCUCAACAAUUUCUUCUCCGGUGACCGCACCCUGCCCAUGUACAAGGACAAACCGUACUUUGCGCCGCGCCGAACUGGCCCUAGGCUCAGGCGGAGGAGGGUUCUCCAAGGCAUAAUCCUUCUGCUUGGUCUUUUUAGUUUGUGGUAUAUUGUUACUGGGUCUAGUGAUACCUACCGGUCUCCCUGGACUCCUGAUACAGUUAAGGGGGAGGAGUUAUGGAGGUGGGUGCAGCGCUUGGACUCAGAGCAGCCCUAUGACGGUACUCCGCUGAAGGGCAUUGACUGGGCAGCACGACGAGAGAAGGUCCGGGAUGCUUUCAUUGUCAGCUGGGAUGGUUACGAGCAGUAUGCCUGGGGCUUUGACGAGUAUCAUCCGGUCACCAAAAAGGGCAAACAGAUGAUCGAGGGUGGAAUGGGCUGGCAGAUUGUGGAUGCACUGGACACGUUGAUGAUCAUGAACUUGACAUCUCGUGUACAACAUGCGCGCACAUGGAUUCAUAACUCGCUACAAUAUGACCAGGAUCACGAUGUGAGCACUUUUGAAACGACAAUACGCAUGCUCGGUGGUCUGCUCUCUGCUCAUUAUCUCUCUACGGAGUAUUCCAACCUUGCCCCCAUUCCCGACGACGACGUUGGUUCCCCAGGGGAGGAUCUCUAUAUUGAAAAGGCAACCGACCUUGCGGAAAGACUACUUGGGGCUUUCGAAUCGGAAACAGGUAUUCCGUAUGCCAGUGUGAACCUCAAUACAUCGACUGGUAUCCCGUCGCAUUCAGACCGCGGCGCCUCAUCUACGGCUGAGGCCACCUCCGUACAACUGGAAUUCAAGUACCUAGCCAAACUGACGGGCGAGGCUGAGUACUGGCGCGUUGUGGAGAAGGUAAUGCAAGUGGUUGACGCCAAUCAAGCCCCUGAUGGCCUUCUCCCGAUCUAUAUCUAUCCAGAUACGGGAACGUUCAGGGGAGCGAACAUUCGCCUCGGUAGCAGAGGCGACUCUUAUUAUGAGUAUCUUGUUAAGCAAUACCUUCAGACGUCAGAAGAAAUAUACAAGGACAUGUGGGACGAGGCCCUCGUCGGAAUUCGCAAACACCUCAUCACAUUUUCCAAGAAUGCCAAGUUGACUGUCCUGGGCGAGCGACAGGCCGGUCUUGACGGCCCUCUAACCCCGAAAAUGGACCACCUCGCCUGCUUCCUUCCUGGAACAAUUGCUCUCGGGGCUACAGAAGGAAUCCCUCUCUCUGAAGCCAAAAAGUCCGCCGCAUGGACUCGCCGUAAGGACGAAGAAAUCCUCCUCGCCAAAGAACUCAUGAAAACUUGCUGGGCAACCUAUCUAGCCACCCGCACCGGCCUAGCCCCCGAAAUUACCUACUUCGACAUCGACACCCCGCACGUCUCCGAGCUAGACCGGUAUCCCGACUCCACGCUCGCCGCAGGCAACGCGGACAAGAAGCCCGCGGACAAAGAUCUACCGCUGAAAUCCCAAGCGCUGUACCCUCUCGCAGACUCAAAUUCAGACCCUAACUCCUGGCGUCGCGACAUUAUCAUCCAGCCUCAGGAUAGACAUAAUCUCCAGCGCCCGGAAACCAUCGAAUCCCUCUUCUACAUGUACCGCAUCACGGGAGACGAAACAUACCGCCACUGGGGAUGGGAAAUGUUCAAGUCCUUUAUCAAGCAUACCGCCGUCGUCGAAAGGUCGUCUCAUUAUGAGACCGAGUCCGGAGACGCAACGGCAUACCGCAUUGUCGGCUUCACCUCCCUCUCCAAUGUGAACUCCGAGCCGCCUAUGCAGCGCGAUAAUAUGGAAAGCUUCUGGAUGGCUGAGACGCUGAAGUAUUUCUAUCUGCUCUUUUCGGACCGCGACUUCAUCUCGCUUGAGGAGAACGUAUUUAAUACCGAGGCUCAUCCAAUGCCCAGAUUCAAGCCUACAGGGGAGUUGAGUACGGGCUGGGUCAGGAGUGCGAGGGUGCCUAAGUCUGUACCUGUAUAA